AAAAGGCGUGCCCGAGUGACGUCUGUUGUUUUGCUAAAGGUUAGCAAUCGGCUAACUGGGAUCUAGUUUCUUUACAGAAGUUACUGGAUGUUGCUUUGACUAGUUCGUAUAAAUGAUUAGAUUAUCCGUGUGGAUAUAAAUGCCGACAUGAAUGGGAGUACGAACCCGCUACUGGAUAAAGAGGAACAUGUUUUAAAGCUCGGGGAGAGCUUUGAGAAGAGGCCCAAAUCUUCCUUUCACACAAUCAGAUAUGAUUUCAAGCCCGCUUCUAUUGACACCAGCUGUGAGGGGGAGCUGCAGGUGGGAAAAGGAGAUGAAGUGACCAUAACGCUACCUCACAUACCAGGAUCUACUCCUCCCAUGACAGUGUUCAAAGGGAACAAACGGCCCUAUCAGAAAGAUUGUGUCCUCAUCAUAAACCAUGACACUGGAGAGUUUGUGCUGGAGAAGCUCAGCAGCAGCAUCCAGGUCAAGAAAACAAGGGCUGAGGGCAGUAGUAAGAUCCAGGCCAGGAUUGAACAGCAGUCUGUGCGCUCCUCUCAGCCCAGCGCCCAGUUCAGAGCUCCGACCAAACCUGGAGCUGGGGUCAAGAUGUCCCCGUCCCCGUCCAAAGACAACCCGUCCCCAGAACCACAGCUUGAAGACAUCAAGAGAGAGCUGCGUGCAGAGGUGGAGGUGAUUGAGCAGAUGAGCAGCAGUGGCAGCAGUUCUUCAGACUCAGCCAGUGGUUCUGGGAGUGACAAUGACAGCUCCAGCAGUGACGGAGAACACAACCCCCCCAGACCUCCUCCAGUCAGCCACACCUCCCCCCCACGCCCCCUGGUGGCCAAUGGGCAGGGCAACAACCAGCUCAUCAACACACUCCGAAACGAUCUUCAGCUGAGUGAGUCCGGUAGUGACAGUGAUGACGACUGACCUCUGACCCCCUCUGUACCUCCCUGGGGCGUGUAUCUUUAUUAGAUGUAUAUUUUUAUUCUCACAGAUGAGCGUAUGGUUUGAGAUAUUAAAGUAUUUUAGUGCACUUGUAUAUUUUCAGUACUUAGAGCAGCUAGUUUAUUUUUUAUCCAUAUCAUAUAUUUUGUGUUUCUGAAAUGGCGAAAAAGAGAUUAUUGGAAGCUGUUAGCCUUAGAUGUUUACAAUAGAUGAGACACAAUACACACAGACUUGUGUAGGCUUGUUUUGACAGGACCUGUAGCCCAACUGCUUUGUCAAUAUUUAAUACUCUUUUACAAUCCUGGAAAAAGCUGAAUUUUAUGCUUAAUGCCAUGGAUUAUGAAGAUAUUAUUAUUCUAAUUAUUAUUUAGAAUGUAAUGAAAUACAUUAAACUACAAUUUGAUACACAGUUUAAAAUUUGAUGCAAGAAAUAUGGGACGAAAUAUGCUAACUAUACUAUAAUGACAGGUUUUUAAGUAUUUAUUUUUAGCCCUUGUAAACAUUAUGGUUGCUGUUUUAUGGAAUUACCUCUAAGCUUGUCACAUCCGUUGCCUAUGUCCAAACAGGAAGUAACCUUAUAAACUUCACCAAAGUUAAAAGUACAAAAAAACUAGACAAGAAUCUUAAUAAAGUAUGAGAUAUAGCGACGUUAACGAUGUUUUAAUGAAGUGAUUAGUAUGUCAUAUGCACUUAAAGUCAAAAUGUAAAAAUACUUUACAAAUCAACAUAUAACGAUCAUAUUACAGUUGGUUUUCUUUCUGUGGCCGUAAUCCUCUUGAAGCUGGAAUAAGCUAUUUGAGUCAAUGUGAACAAACGGUUGAAUGUAUGACGUUUUAAUCUACAGUAUCAAAUGUCUCUGUAAUCUCCUCUAAUGCACUGUCACAGAUACACACUCACAACGGUUACUUUUACAUCAGUAUGUCAAGAUCGUGGUGAGAUAUGCCCCUCCUCUGAGUUCUGACCUGAAUGUACGGCUUUUUGAAAAACGAUUAAAGAGAUGGAAGGUAGACAUUGCACUAAAUAGCAGUGGUGGAAUAAGUACUCAAUUGUAUUACGUAAGUAAAAGUACAGAUACUGGAGCAAAAAAAUACUAAAGGAAAAGGAGUAAAAGGAGUAAAAGUACCAAUUUAAAAAUGUACUUAAAGAGUGAAAAGUGUUUUGCGCAGAGUUGCAGAUCUAAGAAAAUAUUCAAAUUAAUAUUUGAUCUGAAUUUAGUUCAGCUAAUAAAUCAACAGUUUUUUCUUUGCCGUUUUUAUUUUUUGUGUAUUUUUGUCGCUCAAAAAACCAAAAAAAAAAAACUCAACCUUUUCAGCAGGUCUCAAACUAUCAUAAAAAUACUUUUACUUUUCAAUCCUGUUCAAAGAUCUACAUAUUUCUGGAGUAGAAAGUACAAAUACCUGCUCUAAAAUGUAGUGACGUAUAAGUAAAAAGCAUCCACUGAAAAACAUAUGCAAGUAAAGUAAAGUUACCAGAUUUACUUUUUUUUUUUUACUUUAGUACAGUACUUUACUACUUUUACUUUGUACAUUCCACCACUGUAGUAGUAAUAUUAACAUUGUAAAAGUCUGACAAUAUACGAAUUUCGAAAAACUUUUACAAAAGUUCUGUCCACAACUCAUGUAAAUUCCAUACACAAUUGUUAUUAAAGGUGCACUGUGCUACUUUUCUAGUGGGGGGGGGUCCAUGUGCUUGUCACCAUGGAGAUGUUAUUGCUUUGGCUGGAUAGAAUGUUCCACAGCAUGACAUUAAAAUAACUGAUGGCACCACCUGCUUGUCUCCAUGGAGUUUAAUAUCGUACUGGGGAACAUUGUAGGCAAAGCAAUAACUUUCAAAUUGGCCCUUGAUAGAAAAUGUUUUUAUGUCUUUCUUUGAUUAUUACAUUAUUAUUAUUACACAUCACCACCAUCUUGAACUGAAUGCGGUACAAGACCAAAGAACAUUGUCUCACCAGUAUAAAUAUAUAUGACUACCAUCUGACCUGUUUUUAUCACGUGUUCUACUCUGCAUGUUGGGUUCUUUCUGUCUGUAAUAUCGACCUCCACUUUUUAUAACUACAGGUAUUUCUUUUGACAACCAUCGUAUUACGUGUCACCAUAAGCUAAAUUUAGUUUGUUUUUUUUAUCAGGUAAAAGUAGGUCCAUGUUUUACUGUGUUGUCAUAAAUGUUAUAAGGUUUACUGUUUUGAACUCUUUGUGUGGUGUGGAGUUUUGUCUUUAGUUGAUCAGUGGGAGCUGUUUUUACAAGCUGAAGUGAAUUAAAGUGUGUAAAACUUU